UCGGCACAGGUGCGCAUGCGUGCCUCCCUGCGUACAAAUAUGGCGUCUGUGCACUCGAGAUAAGGAAAGUGUUCAGUUCUGUGGCGAUCUCUAGGAGUAUUCGUUCACCAGUGCAGCAACAGUGUCCCCCCCUCAUUCCACUUGGCAGAGGCUCUGUCCUGCCCGACAGUAACAUGGGCAGAACUCCAGUGAAAGACCAAAGAGACAGCCGGAGGGAGAAAGCUGGAAGGAGCUGCUCCUCCACAGAGCUCCCUCCAAAUAAAGAAUCUGAAUCUUUUAAUUGGGAUGACUACCUGAAGGAGACAUCAUCUUCACCUGCUCCUGCAGAUUGCUUUAGACAGGCCAGGGUGCCCCCCAGCAAUGAUUUCAAAACUGGCAUGAAGCUUGAGGCCCAUGACCCUCGCAACUCCACGUCUGUGUGCAUCGCCGCAGUAAUGGGCAUCACUGGCAUCCGCCUUCGUUUGCGCCUGGACGGCAGCGACAACACCAACGACUUCUGGAGGCUUGUGGAUUCCUCUGAUAUCCAACCUGUUGGUACCUGUGAGAAGAACGGGGACAUGCUCCAGCCUCCGUUGGGUUUCAGAAUGAAUGCGUCAUCAUGGCCCAUGUUCCUCCUCCGAACCUUAAACGGAGCUGAAAUGGCUCCAUCCACUGCUUUUAAAAAGGAGCCAUCCCGGCCCCCACACAACGGCUUCAAGCCUGGGAUGAAGCUAGAAGCUGUGGACAGAAAGAACCCCUACCUGAUCUGCCCCGCUACCAUCGGAGAAGUCAAGGGCGAUGAGGUCUUCGUCACGUUCGAUGGCUGGAGGGGCGCCUUCGACUACUGGUGCAAGUACGAUUCACGGGACAUCUUUCCAGUGGGCUGGUGCUCCAUGACCAAGCACAGUCUGCAGCCUCCCGGAAACAGCUUCACCCUGCCAAAGGCGCUCUCCACCCCUGUGUCUUCCCCCGCCAAGCCUGCUAGGCGCACCAUGCCGUCUUUGUACCGCCUGACUGGUCCCCUGCCACCCCUGCCCGUCCGUAAGGGGGUGCGGGGACGGCGCCCCAAGAGCCAGACCAUCACGUUACUGAAGGCGGCAGUGGCCACGGCACAGAAUGGCACGCUGCAGACCCCGGGGGCUUCUGGCUUGUCCUUGGCCCCCAGGCCACACAAGAAGAGAGGACCAAAACCUGGCAGUAAGAGGAAACCGCGACCUAUACAGGCUGACAUGGCCACACCGACAGCAGCUCCUGAGACGGGAAUGUCCGCCACCCAUGUUUCUACAAAUAGGCCAAAUCACCGAAAUGUCAGUCCUGGAGUCACUUCUACAGUGUGUGUCUAUGUGAAUAAACGAGGAAGCUGUGGACCACACCUGGAUAGAAAACAGACGCAGCAGCUGCCAGACCACUUUGGACCAGGACCUGUCAAUACGGUCCUACGACAGACGGUCCAGGCCUGUCUGGACUGUGCCUACCAACCCAAAAUCCUGCUGAGCUUCCUUAAGUCUGAAUCGGAAGGAGGGGAGGUUGUGAAAGUGCGGGCUGAUGCCGGGGUCCGCUACGCCCAGCUGCCAUCCGCCAGCAGCCCCGCCUUCGUGUUGCGCUUCCUGGAGAAGCUGUGCCAGCACCUGCAAUGUGAGAACUUGUUUAGUAACCAGCCCUUCAGCCCCUGCAGCUCCACAGCUCACCCCAUCUACGACAGGAGCAAAUCAGUAAAAGAGGAGACGGGAGAAGCUUUGCUCAUUAACCGUGAGACUAAGCGACUCCCUCGGGAUUCUCCCCCCUACACAACUCCUCUGUCCCCCAAACUACUCCACACAGAAGCCCACCCCUCUGAAGCCGAGACGCUGCCUCACGAAGAAAACAGCGUUCUGAAGGAGUCCAUGGACUCUGCCUCCAACUCCAUGGCCCCCCUGGCUCUGCGACACCCCCCAGCAGGCAGCCCCUACUACCCGGCCGUGCGUCGACUCUCAUCCACGCGCCAACACAGGAUGGUGGAAGGCCCCGAAUCCCAGACAGCAGACAGGGAGGGCCCUGGCGGACCCCCCUCUACCUGGUCCAUCGAUGAGGUGAUGCAGUUUGUGCGUGAGGCAGACCCCCACACAUUGGCUCCACACGCAGAGCUCUUCAGGAAACAUGAGAUCGAUGGCAAGGCGCUUCUGCUGCUCCGGAGCGACAUGGUGAUGAAGUACAUGGGACUGAAGCUGGGGCCUGCUCUGAAGCUGUGUUACCACAUCGAGAGGCUCAAACAGGCCCAGCGCUGACAGGACUUGGGGAGCCAAACCUUCCUCUGGAAUCCGACCUGGCGCAGCUUGGCCCUGGUGUUGCCCAUUCAAAGCAUUUUUAAAGACUUAUUUAUACCUCAUGUGUUUCAGCCAGCAACGAGGACUGUCUCCACUCUGCUGAAUUCCAAAGGAUGAUCUGUGAACUGUUUACAUUGCAUAUAUGUACAAAAACUCACUGAGGAAAAGAUUUUUACAAAGCUAACACGCUUCAGUUGUGUAUGAGGUUUUCUUUUUAUUUUUUCUGUUUUUCUCUCCUGUCUUUCUUACAUUAUUCUAGUGAAUAGUGCAGGUGACUUUUAAUCAGCAUUGCCUAUUUCAUUACUGUAAGCUUGUACAUAUUUUUUUUAAUACAAGGACAACUUUACAAAAAAGAAGCUACAUGUUAUGUUACUUUGUUUUUCUCCAGUACUCUGAGCUGACUGUUACUGGCCAGUGUGUGGAGGGCUGGCCAGUGUGUGGAGGGCUCCGGCCCCUUGCCAGGGACUCAGGGGAACCGUCGAAUCACGUCAUUGUCUCCAGUGUCCCGUGACAACAACUCGGUGCUUCCUGAAUCGGAGGUGUUUUAAAUAACAAACGACAGCCACCCCUUCCAUCUGUGAUUUAAAUGUGCCACAUUUCAACGGUAAAGAGCGAUUUCUGAUAUGAAGGGCAUGCCUCUCGCAUUAGUGUCGUGUGUGCACAGCUGGUUUGGUAGCUGCAGACUCUGAUUGGGGAACCGAUGAAUCUCGCGCUGUGUAACUGAUCCAUUUGUCUGUGGAGCAGAAACUCUAAAGGGAAGUUGACAUACUCCUGGACCUUCUGCUUGUACAUGGGAGUAUUAAUCGGCGUAGGAAGGAUGCAGUGUCUGUUCAUAAGGCACAGUACAGCUAUUAAUUUGUAAUGUGGCUAAUUCUGAUGGUGUUUUGAAUGCAUUUUGGGUGUUUUUGUGUGUGUGUGUGUGUGUGUGUGUGUGUGUGUGUGUGUGUGUGUGUGUGUGUGUGUGUGUGUGUGUGUCACCUGAAGCUUUGUAUUGAACCAACGCCUUCUUGUCAACCCCUACAUUUCCUUUUCACCAUGCUCACAUGCUCAUUUAGAUGCACAAGAAGAAGACUGGUUGUUUGUAGAUUAGAGUGUUUAAUAUUAGUCACUGGUCCUAAGUUUUCAUGGAAUAAUGUGGUGUUCUGUUCAUAAGGGAAAAAAUUGGAAAUUAUUUACACUUGCUUCUUCCAAACCUUUGCAGGUACAAAAUCAAAAGUCCAUGAAGUAUGCAAGCUUUGAUAGUGCCCAGUAAUGUGACUUUGGUGUAUAAAGGAGAGAAGAGUUUGAUUCCAUCAGUUUUUAAGCAGUGAGUUUGGCCUAAUUGACCCAAGAUUGUCUCCUAAUGACUGUGAAAUUUUAACAUGAAAUAUUACUAACCACCUCCUGGGUUCAGUGUCAGAAUCUGUAGUUGGGUAUAUUUUAUACUAAUUAUAAAUAAAAUAUUUUUUUUCUAUGCUUCCCAUCUCACAACAGCUGUAGAGAUCUGAAAUGCUUCUACCUAAGCAUGAAAUUGAUCCUGUCAUUGAUUAUUUUGUCCAUCGUUAGGUGCCAAAUGCCUUGAAAAUUCCACAGGUGAGUAGGCUCUAUGGGCUGUUGUCUGUGCAUUUGAGAUUCCAAUCAAAUGGAAAAAUCACACAAUGUAAGCAUAAUGCUUAUAGACUAGGGAACAAGUCAAGUUGUGUGAUGGGUGACAUUUGAGUCCAGAAUCUGAAAGCUUUCAUUUACAAUAAAAUUUAAAUUUUGUAAAGGA